AUGUCAGAUAUCAUGAUAAUACUUGUCAUUGUCGCUGCCCUCGCCUUACGAUGGUACCAGCUUGAAUUCGGCUACGACCCAUAUUUCGGCUACGGGAUGGGGUCUCGCUACCAACAACCAUACGGGAUCAAGCGAACGAUGCGGAAACUACGUCCAUCGAGCUGGGAUUACCACAGCGACCGCUCCCUCAUGCCCCCCUCCUGGAGAGACACGGCUACGGUGGUGCUGAAGAAUCGCAACCCCUUUUCCAGACACGCCUACAAGACCGAAGUGUACCGGUACACUUAG